UUGAAAUACGAGCGAUGGAUCUCUCGACGGCAAUGUGGACGGCGGCGGUUCUCGGCGCUGCUGCGGUCUACUGGUUCGUGUGGGUGAUGGGCUCGGCGGAAGUGAAAGGUAAGCGGGCAGUGAACCUUACGACGGGAUUUAUCGGGCGAGAUAAGGCGCAGGAGAAGCACAAUCAGGUCUGGUCCUUCUUUGUCCGCUCCAAGGAGGACAUUGCCGCCGCGUCCGACGAAGACAAGAUGCCUUCCAUCGUCGAAACCUACUACGACCUCGUCACUGACAUCUACGAAUGGGGAUGGGGGCAGUCCUUCCACCUCUCGCCCUCACUUCCCGGCCGCUCCCACCGGGAGGCCACCCGCAUCUACGAGGAGCGCGUCGCUGAUGCCAUAGCCGCUCGUCCGGGACAACGAAUCAUCGACGUGGGAUGCGGCGUCGGCGGCCCGAUGCGCACCAUUGCUGCCCACUCCGGCGCCGACAUCGUCGGCAUCACCAUCUGCGACUACCAGGUCUCCCGCGCCCGCGAGCACAACCGCAAGGCCGGCCUCGACAGGCGCUGCGAAGUCGUCCGCGGCAACUUCCUCGAGAUGCCCUUCCCGGAAGCCUCCUUCGACGGCGCUUACUCCGUCCAGGCCAUCUGCCACGCUCCCCGCCUGGAGGACGUCUACCGCGAGGUCUUCCGCGUGCUCAAGCCCGGCGCCCUUUUCGUGACCGACGAUUGGGUCACCACUGCGCUGUACCGGCCGGACGAUCCGCGCCACGUCGAGGCCAUCCGCGGGACCGAGCGCGGCGGCGCGCUCGCAACCCUCCGUGCGCAGCACGAGUUGGCGGCAACCGCGCGCCAGGUGGGCUUCGAGGUCCUGGAGGAGCGCGAUCUGGCGCUACCCCCGGCGGAGCCGUGGUGGACGCGUCUCAAGAUGAGCCGCUUAGCCUACUGGCGCAACCACCUUCUGAUCUCCGUCCUCGCCGUGCUGCGCAUCGCCCCGAAGGGCAUGGUCGAGGUCCACGAGAUGCUUUGCGAGGCCGCGGCCCACAUGAGCUAUGCCGGCGAGACCGGCAUCUUCACCCCCCUGCAAAUGAUCCUCUGCCGAAAACCUUCCAUCAAGCCGUAACCACUAUUCCACCAAAUAAACUCAACUAUAUAUAUAUAUAUAUAUAUAUAUAUAAUGCAGCAAGCAGCUAGCCUUGUGAAUUGUGAUAUAUAUAUAUGAGUAGUGAAUCUUAGUUUAGGGUGCAAAAGGUAUUUUAAUGGACCGAUUUAGUGGUAAAAGCCACUUAUUUAAUUCACAAGAGCAUGAAAUAAUAACAAUGAAGAAAUCAUAAUGUUAAUAUUAUCAAUGUGUUUAAUUAAAUAAAGUUGCAAUAUUUUUUUAUGUGUAUAUUAUAUAUUUUUUUUCGUUAUGUUAAUGGUCGGAGAAAAGGGAUGUAAUUAAUGAUAAAAUAAUGGUUACCCCUCUAAUUUACUCUAU